AUGGAAUCCGAUCUUUGCAAUACUUGCAAUAAUUUUUUUAUAAACCUUGAUGGUUUAUGCUCAGCCUGUUACAACAUUAAAAUUGAAAGGCUAAAAAUUCUUAAAUCCUUAUCGGAUUUUGCAAAUUACUUCAAACAAGCAAAGACAAGUGUAGUCAAGAAAAUUUCUCCACAAUGUGAUUUGUCAAAAUGCUGGCUAUGCCAAAAAAGAAUCAAAUCAUUGAAUUUUAUAUGCCAAUGUGGCUAUUCCUUUUGUUUACAACACAGAAUUCCAGAAGUUCACAACUGUACAUUUGACUAUAGAAACCACGGAAAAUCAAGACUAAGCAAAGAAAACCCAAGAGUUGUUGCUGAAAAAUUCACAAGAAUAUAG